GUAAUGGAGAAGCAUUUCGUAGGUUACAUAAGCAUGAAUAGUUGUUUCUAUUUCAUAGCUAACGUUUUAUUAUAUAUAUAUUUAAUAUAUCGAUGCUGUGGACGUAUAGUGCUUAUGUUUAGUUAACAACCCGAAUUUGACGUUGGUCUUUCAGAAUAAUGCAAACUUUGAAAGGAGUCAGACACUUGAUGACAUCAGCUACCAUGAAACAAGCAGUAAUUGCUCUUCAGUGUCAGAGCUCAGUGCCGUGGGGAGAAAUAAGGGGCAAGGUCUGGGGUCCUGACAAUGGUCGACCAAUACUCUGCCUGCACGGCUGGGCAGACAACUGUGGCACUUUCAACACUCUCAUUCCACUGCUGCCAAAAGAGUGGAAGUGUGUAGCUGUGGAUAUGGCUGGCCAUGGCCUCUCCUCCCAUAGACCUCCUGGAGUCUUCUACAGCUUUCCUGCUUAUGUGGCUGACAUACGGCGGGUCAUUGGAGCUCUCCAGUGGAAGAGAUUCUCUAUUAUCGGACACAGUAUGGGUGGCAAUGUAGCUGGAAUAUUCAGUGCAUUGUAUCCAGAGAUGGUGGAUUCAGUGGUUCUCCUGGACUCCUAUGGAUUCUUACCCACAGACACGAAGGAAUUGCAUACGGUGAUAAGACAGGGAUUUGAAGGAAUGCUUGAGUUUGAGAAGAAGAAAGAUGAGAAGAAAGAGAAGGUUUACACCUAUGAGAACGCAUUGAUGAGGCUUUUGGCAGCAAACCCCUCUCUCUCGGAGCAGUCAGCCCACAUUCUUCUAGAACGAGGACUCGCUCAGGUUGAAGGAGGGGUGGUGUUCACCCGAGACUUUAGAAUCAACCUGAAAAACGUUGUGCGUGUCAGUCUGGAGCAGAGUCUGGAGUUGCAGUCCAGGAUACAGGCCAGAGUUCUAGUAGUGCUGGCGGAGGAGGGGUUUGAGAAGAUGUUUUCUGAACCACAACAGAAGACCUUUACCUCAACACUACUUCAAGGGUAUAAAGACCAAAGCGGCAUGGUGGUUAACGUACCUGGUGAUCAUCAUGUCCACCUGAACACCCCUGAGACUGUGGCCCAACUCAUCGCUGACUUCCUCCAGAAAGAAGCUCCUUCACACAGCACUGCAGAGGAUACACAGGCAGCCAAGUUAUAAUCCCCCGCCCCUCCCCCACUGUGUUAGUUAGUGUUUACAGCUCUCAGAUACAUGCAGUGUGCCUGUAGCCUUCCUGGUGCCAUCCAUCCAUUCAUAACAUGAGCAGUAUUAAAGGUAGACUCAGCGACAUGGCGUAGAUGCAGAAAGUAAAUAGCAUAGUGGGUACAUUUCCGCAACAAUUCCUGGUUGAACCCGUGAGCUGGACUGUGUGAGAGCAAAGUCUUGUAUCUCAGUCAUCUCAAUAUCUGCGGUGCUGCCCGUGUCAACGUCAUUCUGCUGAAUCUACGCAUAAUAUGAGACUGGAUCAGUUUACAAACCUGUAGACACAGAAUAAAUUGCUACUACUAAACAGACUUUAAAGACUUUGAAACCCUAAUAUUUAUUAUAUUGUGCUGUAUCUAAAACACACCAAUAGUUUUUUAACGUCAGUUUGUCGAGCUAGAAUACUUGAUGUUUACCAGUUGCUGUAUGUCAUGUCUUUUUAGAACUGGGCUGUUUUCUCUCAACUGAUGACCCGGUGAUGCCUUACAUUGCCUUGCUACUGGUCAGAACCUAUUGAAAUGCAUUCAUAUUUUAAUAAAUCACACAUUUUUAUAAAAAAUAAUUGUAUAGGGUUCGGCUUCACACCAAUCAGAUGCAGACCUACAUGUCCACUUCCUGGAUGUGGCCCAAUGAGAAGUGGAUUAGAGGUUGAUCUAUCAAGCUUAUCUUUCCUACAUAUGGUCUUAGAGCUGAGUAACAAUCAUUCAACUAAUUGGACAAAGGCUUCUUCCUGGUACAGUUUGAAAAUAAAUAGGUCAUCCUUCCUGCUCUGCAGUCUUAUUUUAGUCAUUGUCUCAGAUAAAGGUAAUUGUCUCGGACGUCAAGAGAAAAAAAAACAUGACAUGUUGUACUUUGUAGAUGAGCAGUCUCCAUUACCCUCUUACUCUGUGAUGGUUUGUGCAUUAAAUGAACUGGAAUCGAUUUCAUGCAGAGGCUGGAGGAGGCGACCGGAGACAUCUGCAGGGUCCUGGCCCAAAGAAACACCACAAUAACCGUUGCAUAACAUCCGCCUCCACCCAUCACUAGGGCUGUUGUCAUAGCAAUGCCCCCCUCCUCCCCUCCCUUUGAAUGUGACGUCAGAACCCAGAGCAGUAUGAUGAACCUCUCUGUCAUCUGUACAGAGAGAUCACCUUGGAUUAUAUUAUACCAUCCAGCUGACGGUUGUGCUGCAUUAGACCAAUACAUCAUCUGAUCAGUGACUCCAUUGCUCCUCCAUUUUACACUAACAUCAUAUUCAGAGGAAGGCGGGCACAGCAGAGACCACAGUACCAUGUCCUGGAUGUUCCUGGACUGGUUCGUCCCCGUCUACCUGCUGGUGUCGGUCCUGGUGCUGGCCGGCUUCGGCGCCUGUCUCUACUUCCUGGAGCCAGGGCUUCAGGACGCACACAAGUGGAGCAGCAAGACUGUGAAGCACCAUCCGCUGGUGGUGAGCUUGAACAGCAAAGACGAAGAUGGCAAUGCCCUCAUAUGAUAUGACCACACACUACGGGAAGGACAGAAGCUGACCAUAUGGAGUGGGGCUGGGACUGGAGGACUGCAGGAUGGUAGAUAGAGACAGACACCUCCUGAGAGGUUUGGGACGUGAGAGGCCUGACUGGGAAGAAACAGCAUUGAGAGGAAGGCACUGUGGUCAGGUGGUGUCACCCUUUGAAAUGUGAAAUAACGUUUUCAUAGAGAGGGGAAACAAAAAAUGAGGUCAUUUGAACAAAGGGAUAGUUCCUGUUUUCAUGUUCAUAUUUGUGCCAUUUCAUGAUUGUGCCAAUUUUUUACAUAUAUUUUGUAACCAGACAUUCACUGCAUUUAUCAUGAUGUUUAUGUAUCUUAGUGCAUUUGAAGCUGACUAAUAAAGUGCAAUACAUUUCUAAAUGUUGAAACCACAAAAUCAGUUUUCUGAAAAUGUCAAUAUGGCAGCUGCUAUCAAGAUGUCUCUCGUUUGGAAGUAUUUGUAAAGGUGUUUGAAUGAAACUGUAAAUUGCUUUCAGUAAUGAUAUCAGUUAUGUGCCAAAUAGGUUGAUGAUUAAAUUGUUCAAGAUGCCAAAAGAAUCCAUUCAGAGGUCGAUCCUAAGAAAACGUUUGUAUUUUAUUCUCAUCGCACUGUCCUUUUUUACUGAAGGGUGGUGGGAAAAAAGUAUGUAUGUAUCAUUUUGCACUUUUGACCAUGUUACCAUAAUUAUAUAUUCAUAAGAAAUAACAAAAUAAAUGGAUUUAUCACCACUUGAA